AACAUGGAAUUCAACCCAUCAGAUCAUCCACGGGCCAGUACAAUAUUUCUCAGUAAAUCGCAAACAGAUGUGAGAGAAAAACGCAAGAGUCUCUAUAUAAACCACCAUCCUCCUGGGCAGUUGAGAAGGAAGUACAGUUCCUGCUCCACUAUUUUCCUGGAUGACAGCACAGUCAGUCAACCAAACCUCAAGUAUACCAUCAAAUGUGUAGCUCUUGCAAUAUAUUACCACAUCAAAAACAGGGACACAGACGGAAGAAUGCUCUUAGAUAUUUUUGAUGAAAACCUUCAUCCCCUUUCGAAAUCCGAAGUGCCACCAGAUUAUGACAAACAUGACCCGGAGCAGAAACAGAUUUACCGCUUUGUUCGGACGUUGUUCAGUGCUGCUCAACUGACUGCUGAAUGUGCCAUUGUCACCCUGGUGUAUCUUGAAAGACUUUUAACUUAUGCAGAGAUAGAUAUUUGUCCAGCAAACUGGAAGCGAAUUGUACUGGGUGCAAUUCUACUGGCAUCCAAAGUUUGGGACGACCAGGCAGUGUGGAACGUGGAUUACUGCCAGAUCCUGAAAGAGAUCACGGUUGAAGACAUGAAUGAGCUAGAACGGCAGUUUCUUGAGCUGCUGCAGUUCAAUAUUAAUGUUCCCUCCAGUGUUUAUGCCAAGUAUUAUUUUGAUUUGCGUUCCCUGGCAGAAGCGAAUAACCUGAGUUUUCCUUUGGAGCCCCUCAGCAGGGACAGGGCAUAUAAACUUGAGGCCAUUUCCCGCUUGUGUGAAGAUAAAUAUAAGGACUUCAGGAAAGCCGCAAAGAAACGGUCAGUCAGUGCUGACAAUCUGACUGUGGUUAGAUGGUCCCCUGCUAUUAUCUCCUAACAGAGGAGACUGGAAUAUUCCUAUGGACGUACUGUU